AUGGUUAGAGGAAGUACAAUAGGAGACGACAUUGGGAAAAUCUUCGUUGGUGGAUUAUCACACGAGACGACACAAGAAUCACUGAAGAGUUAUUUUUCAUCGUUUGGCGAAGUGACAGAUGUUGUUGUAAUGAGAGACACCGUCACAAAAAAACCAAGGGGCUUUGGAUUUGUGACAUUUCAAGAUCCAAACUCAGUACAGAAGGUUCUCAACCAUCCCGGAUCACAUGUUGUGGACAAGAAACCAAUUGAUCCUAAGCAAGCAGUUCCUCGUGGUCCUGGGCAGGCAGGAUCAGUCUCAGUUCAACCAAGUAGAGACAAUAAUGAAAUGAAGAUUUUUGUUGGUGGAAUUGCCAAUGGAACCACAGAAGAAGACCUCAGCAACUAUUUUUCUGCUUAUGGCAAGGUAAUACAUGUAAAUUUGAUGUAUGAACACAAUCAGCCUGAUGGUACAAAGAGGAUGAGAGGCUUUGGUUUUGUAACGUUUGAUUCAAGCCUACCAGUUGAGAAGACUGCCAAUAUUCAUUAUCACCAAAUCAAUGGAAAAACGGUGGAGGUGAAGAGAGCAGAGAAGCGUGAUACCAAGGCAAUGGGAGCUAUGCAGGGUAUGGGUGGCUAUCAACAGCAACAUGGGGGUCAUCCUGGAUAUGGCGCAGCCGCAUAUGCACAAACAGGUCCAUAUGGCAUGCAACAUCCAAUAGGGAUGGGGCGUGGUUUUCCUUCUUAUGGUGCCAUGGGUCCUGGUGCAGGAGCUGCUACCUCUGGUUUUGCUGGGGCACCAGGCCCAUCUCCUGCAUAUGGAUAUGGUACAACAGCAGCUGGUGUACCAACAGCAUAUGAUCCUAAUGCUGCGGCAGCUGCUAUGUAUGGUCGAGGUUCUGCUGCAGGUUAUGGAACUGGAUAUGGUGGUGCAGCCGGUGUUGCCACCCAACAAGCAUCAGCAUCAGGAGCAGGGGCACCAGGAGGGUACCCUGACUAUAGCAGGAUGCAAGUAUCCCAAGCUGGGCAGCCUGGGGCAGCAGCUGGAGCCCCUCAUGUUGACAGUUCAGUAGCACCAGACUACUCUGCGUAUGGCCUUGGUAACUACCAGCAACAGCAAGAUUUACAGUACGGCCCAACACGGACUUCAUACUCCUCUGAAAGCAACUUUGCAGCCUAUGGCUCUGCUGAGCCCGCUGGUUACACCGGGGCUGCAGCCCCGGCAUACGGGGAAACGUUUGGAAGGGGGACUGCUCCAUCACGUGGAUUUCAUCCGUACGGUCGAUAAAACAGUAGAACGCACGUGAUGGUGAAAGUGCGGAUCUUGUAUCAGAAACCUUCGUUACCUCGUUGCCUCUAUUCUGGAAAAUCUACGUUUUUCUUUUCAUGGCACGCAUUAUGUUCAGAGAAAACGGAAGGAUAAUAGUUUGUAGCUCCAUUACCAUUGUAAAUUGCGAAAGAUGUUUUUUCUUCGUUUUGCUUUUUCAGAUACAUCGACGCCAUAAGCCCAGCUUCUCUUCGGUGAAGCUGGAAAUAGAAGUUAGAAGUGCAGUUGGUUGGCUGUACUUUUAUUUACUUUAAUAGUGUAAUUGGCAGAUUGUAGCCUUGGAAAUAAAUCUUAUUACCUGCGCAGACUCGUUUUAGAAUAAAAUGUAUUUUAACUGCUCAGUGCAA